GGUCGCCGCAGCCCCACCGCCGGACCGCUACUCGAGUCCGGGCCGAUAUUUGAGUCAACACUAUCGAGCUUUCUACCAUCCGUCGUAUCUCAUCACUAUUAUAAAAACGGCACUUGCUGGGUCUGAGCAGAGGAACGAAACGAAAAUCACAAACCCUACCGGCUAAACCAGCGAGGCUCGUUGGCCUUUGAAGGCGAGCUCCCUCCACUCUCCUCUCGCUCACCCCGCGACUCCUCUCGCCUCGCUCUCUGGAAAUUCGUCGCAGGCGUCGAGCUCGAACUCGCGGCCUCAGGCUCAUUUCCUGUGUAUCAUUUGAUCCUGCGUUCUUGUUUCUCCUCCGAAUUUUUUUUUUCCUUUUUGCAUCUUUUUCGAUUUCCCGAUGUGUAAUUAGCGCCGCUGUCUUCUCAAUUCGCUCUGUGUACACCGUAGGGAUAGGGUUUUCGAUUGUAAGAUCUCGGUUCUUGGUUCCGGAUGGGUGUAGAAUAGGGUGGAAAAAUCGAGUUUUGUUUGUUAAUUCAUGUUGUAAUGAAGAUGGGUAGGUUUUAAUUAGGGUUCUGUGUGGUGACGGAGAUGGAUGGCAUGCGUAGAUCGUUCGAUCGAUCCAGAGAAUUUGUUCCCAAGAAGCCUCGGUUGACAGAGGAGCUGGGCACGCGACCCUUUGCACUGAGGCCGGGGGCUCCGGUGGUGAAUCCGCCGCAACCGAGGUUCAAAUUGAGCGAUAGAGAAGUGGAUGGCAAUGAUCCGGCCAGUGAAGCUUACCAGCCACAGCCCCUGCCGCAGCAUCAGCAGCACCAGGAGCUCGUGGAGCAGUACAGAACAGCGCUCGCGGAGCUCACUUUCAAUUCGAAACCGAUAAUCACUAAUCUGACCAUCAUAGCUGGGGAGAAUUUGCACGCUGCCAAGGCGAUUGCGGCCACUGUGUGCGCAAACAUUAUCGAGGUUCCCAGUGAACAAAAGCUUCCAUCACUUUAUCUUUUAGACAGCAUUGUAAAGAAUAUUGGGAGGGACUACAUUAAGUAUUUCGCUGCGAAACUGCCCGAGGUUUUCUGCAAGGCAUAUAGGCAAGUUGAUUCUUCAGUACAUUCAGCAAUGAGACACCUUUUCGGAACCUGGAAAGGAGUCUUUCAUUAUCAGACUCUUCAAUACAUAGAAAGACAACUUGGCUUUGGCUCUACGGGUAAUGGUUCGUUGGCAUCUACAACAUCGAGGUCUGAUUCGCAGUCUCAACGUCCAGCACAUAGUAUACAUGUUAACCCCAAAUAUCUAGAGAGGCAGCGGCUUCAGCAGUCAAGCGGAGCAAAGGUAAAUGAUGUAGCUGGUGCUUUGGCAAGCUCAUCUGAGGAUUUAGAUAGGCUGGAUGGAGCACCUAGUGUUAGUGGUGGACAUACAUGGGAGGAUCCUCCAGUGAAAACGCAAAGCAUUCAGCGUUUACAUAGAGAUCCUCUUGGUGAAGCAGUUCAAGACAAGAACAUAGGUGUAGUUUAUGGAAAUUAUGACUAUGGUUCUGAUACGUCGAGAAGUUCAGCACUAGGAGCUGGAAGAAUUUCUGGUAAGAUUAGUGAGCAGGGACUCAGCAAGCCUUGGUAUGGAACUGGAGGUAGCGUUGCCCAAUCACCAUCCAGCCAAAGAAAUGGUUUUAGUGGGAAGCAUGGGUUUUCGAGUUACCAGCCCUCUAAAUCUACUAGCAUUGAUUCUCAUCUUCAGCCAUCACAUGGCAUCACAAAUAGAAGCGGUGGGAUCUCUAGUAGCUGGAAGAACUCUGAGGAAGAAGAGUUCAUGUGGGAUUCUGUGGACCCUAGAUCUAUGGAGCGCGAUAUGACCAACAUCCCUAGUAUCUCAAGAAAAGAUCGUUGGACUCUUGAUGGUUCAGAAGAAAUGGGAUCAAUAACUAACCUUGCAAAGCCACUUUCCAAGGAUGGGCUUAUACACACUGGAACUUCAAAUAAUUUGGGUGUGUCAGAGGGUUACCCUGGUAGAGUUGGUGGACUGUCAUCAAGUAUGAGUUCCUUUUCAAGGAGGGAAGUUGGAUCAGAGAUGAGAUCUCCUAACGUCAAACAAAUAGGCUCUGGCUUUUCUCCUAGUGCAGCCUCCUCAGGAAUCACAGGUAGCCAACGAAUACAGUCUCUAGGGCCUGCAUCACCUUCUGGACGGUCAUUAGCAUACCAGCAUUCUCUUUCUACUUCUGAUACACGCCUUACCCAUCAAAAGUUGCAAAAUUUGCCGGAGCAAAACUAUCCGUGAGCCCAAAUGCUGCCUCGCACCGAGUUUAAGACAGCUCAUCUGCCAGAAAAGUCAAGUGUAGGGCCAAAUAACGUACAUAAUCCGGAUUCCUUGUCUAAGUUUCGCCUCAAGGAAUUGAAGCUUUCUCCUCCUACAAUUCCUCUUCAAACAAGGCACCAUCGUCCUCAAUUGCAGCAGGCACGAUCUGAACCUGCAAUGCCAGAGAUAUUAGGUCAGAACAAGAAGCCACUUCUCUCCCAAGCUUCUGAACAUGAUGCUUCUGCUGCCCCAGAGACGUCAGGACAAUCGAGUAAGAGUCGUUUAUUGGCUGCCGAUAUUGAAGGUGAAGCUGUCUCUAUUGAUGCUGCUGCUAUCCCACCAAGCCUGAGUGCUGUGGACCCAAGGUCUAUGCCGUCACGAGUACGUACCAAGCCUCCAUCAUUGACUGGGCCUCCCCCUAUCGACUUGGUCUCCUCUGAUUUGGGUGCUUCAUUGUCAACUCUCCUAGCAUCUCGUCAUGAUGACUCAUCGAUUUCAAGAGAUGCAUCUCAAGUGAAGGUGGGACUGCCAUCAGCGCCACCAGGUCCUCCAACUGUUGUUGAUAAUGCAGGUGACAGGAGUUCUAGUGCAGUAGAAACAACCUCAAAUCCAGUGUCGAGUCUCUUGAGCACAUUAGUUGCAAAGGGUCUGAUAUCGACAUCGAAGCCGGAGUCAACUUCCGUGUCUUCCCAAAUGCAUAUGAAAGUGCAGAACAAGGCCAAAGACAAUGUCGCUGCUGGAUUUGGCCCAGAUUCUUCAGCCUCGGUUGUGCCGGUAUCCUUGACUGAAGAUGAUGUGCCCAUUGUGGAGCAAGUUACAAAGAGCUCUACUCCCCCCUUGCCUCAUUCGCCUAGAGAAAUAAAGAACCUCAUAGGUUUUGAGUUUAAGCCAUCUGUAGUUCGAGAGUUCAGUGAAUCUGUGAUCAGUGAACUCUUCGAGGACUUCCCCCACAGGUGCGGCAUAUGUGGGGUGCAAUUAAAAUUUCAAGAGCACCUGGAUCAACACUUGGCUUGGCAUGAUUCAAAAGAUCCUGAAUCAAGAGGUGUGCUUGUUCCAUCAAGGGGAUGGUAUCCAAACUUAUCUGAUUGGGUAGCUCGGAAAGUAUACCUUCCAUGUGAAUCUGAACAUUUUGGUUCAGAAGAAAAGAGUGGCGAGACGACUGAGAUGCAUGGACCGAUGGUUCCUGCAGAUGAAUCUCAGUGUGCUUGCAUCUUAUGUGGUGAGCUUUUUGAUGAUGUUUAUAGCCUUGAAAGGGAUGAGUGGAUGUUCAAGGGAGCAGUCCACAUGGAUAUCCCUUCUGCGAGUGGUACUAUGAUCAGCAUAAAAAACCAAAGUUCUCCUCAGGGUCCCAUUGUCCACGCAUCUUGCAUAUCAAAAAGUUCACUACAGGACCUGGGAUUGGCCAAUGAUGUAAAACUGGAGAAGGAUGCAUAAUGCUUGGGGUGUAGGAGCUGUUUGUAUGCCAGUGCACUGUUGCCAAAUGAAACCAACUGUGGGAAAUCAGGUUUGCUCUAUGCGGGCUGGGAACUAUGGCUUGCAUUAAGCUAAGUUUUGUUAUGUUCCAAAUGGUGCUGAGAUCUGUUUCUUCUGCAUUGAAAUUUUCUUGCCUGUAAUGUCUAUAGUCUGAAGGAAAUACACAUAUUUGUUUGCACCUCGAUUUUUCCUUCACUGAAGUGGUUGCUAUGUGUCUCUCUCUCCCUCCCUCCCUCCCUCUCUUUACUAUGUGGAGGGGCUGUGCGGUUGCGGACUUGCAUCUGAUGCUUUAUGACUGGCACUUUGAGCCCUCUUUGAUUAUCUGCAAGUUGGAUGGAAUGCGAGCUUCGAGGCACUCUUAGAAACAUUGCGCUGUCCCUUCUUCUCUGUAAAGAUCAUAGAUCCUGUAUCAAUACAUUCAGCAGCUUCUGAGUUUGUUUUUUUGCCCUUUUGCUCGUUUUCCCUCCUUUUAGUUGUAUACUUUGUUUCUUCCCUAGACCAAUGUGGACUUGAGUUUUUUUUUUCCCUUGAUGGAAGAGUAAAGUGCCCUUGAGUUGAUUAUUUACUGUUCUUUCACUUGUACUUUUCCAUCUAGUGAAUAAAUAUUGACUCCAUCUA